CGUCAUCAGUCCAACGACAUGGAAAAACAACAACAGAGCCCAGCUAUUCGUUCAAGAAGAGAAGAAUCCUGUUCAAUCAAAAGGUGCACACCAAGUCCUGAACUGAACCAGCUUUUAUGACUCUGGACUGACUGCUGGAACCUGCACAACUGUGAGAUUGAGCAGGGCAGAGAUACUCAUGGGAAGGCCAGACCAUAAAACCUUCUGGUGGAGAAUGUGACAUUUGCCCAUGCGCACUAGAAUCAUUUCUUCAGCUGUCAUCAUGUCACCAAGAAAGAGGACUCUGGUUCCUUUAAACAGCCGGCGGAAAGCAGUGGAUGAUAUCUUCCCAUUCAACCUGCUGCCCAUGGCGUGCCAGCUGCACAUCUUUUCCUUUCUAAAUGAGGUGGAUAAGUGUAGCUGUGCUUUGGUGUGCCUGAGCUGGAGCUGUCUCGUCCGCUCGUGGAAGCUGUGGCGGGUGGCCGACUAUUCCCGUCGUGGCGUCUUCCAUCUGGGUCAGGAGGGACUGCUUGUUUCAAACCGUGAGUUUGAGAGGUGGAAAUUCUGGGUCCACAACUACACGCACCACCUCAUCUCCCGCCGAGCUAGCCUGCUGACGCUGAAGGCAAGUUUUGACCUGGGAGAUCGCUGCAAUAACUGGGGCGAGCUGCUGAAUCACCUGCUUGAUAAUGUUGACUGUAGAGACCUCAGCCAGCUGGAGCUUAACUGGACCUUCACUCUUUUUGAGCCCCUGGACCUCAGGGUUCACUGCAGCCCCAACUCACACCAGGACAGCAUCACCAAGAUGGACCAGGCUACCAGUUUCCAGGAGCUGCUGACAAAGCUCACCCACAGCUGCCCUCGCAUUUCCAAGAUGCGUUUACAUUUCGACUGGUCGGACUUGUCCGUGUCACUUCUCACACAGUUCCAGCAGCUCAGAGUUCUUGAGCUCAAGUACUUCUGGGUUUUUAAAUUAGUCACUCCCUCAACCUUGCAGACACUAAUCAAAUCCCUGCCAAACCUGAAGUCUCUGACUUUGCACAUCCUGGUGCCACUGAGGAACCUGGGCAUCUCCUACACUCUGGAGUCAGACUCUCUGGAGUUCCUGGAUGUGUCAGCCAGCCGAGGUCUGGUAUUCUCCUCUCUGAAGCUGCCUGCGUUGCGCGAGCUUCGCGCAAAGAAGAUUGUCUGCGGCAUCACACUGGAUCGGAGGACCAGAUUGAGGAUCCAGGGUAGGUGGCCGUGCCUGUACCACGUACUAAGGGAGGGGACACCAAAACUGCAGGCCUUCAACCACGAAAGGCUUCUGCCCACUUGGAGAGAACAGAGUUACAGGGAACUGUCCGCCAUCCUGGAACAGUCCUGCUACUGUGUCCAGCAUCUAGACAGCUGGCUCUGGUAAUCCACAGUUUAGCAUAGGACAGUACCGUAAAUGUAGGACAUUCUAUAGAUGGUCAUGGUCAUUAGUGUUUAGGUUCCAGGGGGAAUGAUGGGUAUCAAAAACAGAAUUAUCAACAUAGCCAUUCCAGGUGAUAGAGGGUGAUUCUG